AUGGAUUUCCUCCGGCUACAUCUCCCUGGGCUGCAUCAGGCCUUGAGGGGGGCACUGGAGUCUUUCAGCACCUUUGUCUCCUACCUUAUGGGAGAUGAUGUCCCCACUGCAGAGAGGAGGGAGGCGUGUGCAGCUGAGGAACUGGGGGAGGUGGCUGCAAGAAGCCUUGGGGGGAAGGUAGAGGAGGAAGCCCAGGAGGCCGUGGAGGGCCUUGGAGGCAGCCAAAACAAGGGGGAUGGAGGGCUGAGAGGGCCUGGAGAGGCUGGAAGAUGCCAGGAGGAAAGCUCAGCUACAGAACAGACCUGGGGCGGGGGACAAGGCAGCUCCCAUGGGUCCCAAGCAGAUAGGCAGGACACUGGGGCCUGGGAGGCAGCCACGGCCACUAGAUGCCAGCAUUCAAGUAUCCCCCUGGAGCCCAGACAGAAGUCUGAGGCUGGUCGAGACAGGAGUAGCCAAGCCCAGGGGAGUCAGCAGCCCGAUGAGCAGGAAGUGAAGAGAGAGGAGACACUGAGAACCUGGGAACGGGAGGAGGAGGAGGAAGAGGUCAGGGCAACAGAGCCAGGGGUGGCUGGAGGGGCGGAGUCAGAGGGGACCUGGCACAAGGAGCUUGAGCGGAAGGCGAGUGUUGAUGGGCAAAAGGUGGUGGCAGAGGACGGAAAGGAGUCAGAGCAGGGGGUUGAUGAGACAGCUGCAGAGGAGAUCCAGGGGCCUGGGGCCAAAGGGGCUGGGAGGGGAGAAGAGGUGGUAGUGGUAAGGGGUGACCAAAGCACAAGGGCACAGGGGACACGGGAGCCAGCGGCAGAAUCUGAGGACAGGGAAACCUCAGGCAGGGAGGAGGCUGACCUCCCAGGGACUGGGGAGACUGAACAUGGGGCAGUCCCAGGAGAAAGGAUCCCAGAGGGUACCGGCAGAGUCUGGGCCCUAGAGGAGACCUCCAGGGGAGACCAGGAGGAGGAGGAGGUGGAUGAGAAUAGAGAGGCUGAAGCGAGCCUGUUCCCCACACAGACCCAGGCCCUGGGAUCUGAGACAGUGGAAGAAGCGGCCAAGGACCAGGCAGCAGGGAGGGAAGCUGAGGAAGGUCAGGAGUCAGAGGCGGAGGGAGGGGAGGGCUUUGAGGGCCAGGCACAUCAGGCUGAGGAAGAGGCUGUGGAGAGGCAAGACUCAGAGAUCAGGGCUGCUCAAACCAGUCUCAAGGAGGUGGUGCAGGCAGAGGAGGCCAAGGAGCAGCAGAAGAGUUGCAGGGCGGCAGAGGCUGAGCUGCUCCAGGACAAAGUAGCAAAUGAGGCUGAAGGUGACGUUGACUUGGAGGCAACCCCAGAGGCCAGGCCCAAGAAGGAGUUCAGCAGGGAGAGGGGUGAGGAAGAGGCUCAGACCAGGGGAGAAGCACUGGAGGUGGGGUGGGGUGGCCUUGAGCACAGGGUCACUGAAGGCCAAGAACCUGAGCUGGUGGCAGGCCCCCAGACCCCCACAGAGCAACUUGAGGAAGGGCAGGCAUGUAAGGAAGAGCUCUGGAGCAUGCCAGCCCUGAGCAGAGAGGAGACAGAGAGGAGCCGGGAGGAAUAUCCCAGGAACGUGGGGUAUGUAGAACCUAACAGCUCUGUGGCGGAAGCCUGGGAAGACAGAAGAAGGGAUGUGGAGAGAGGGGACACCCAGGAGGAAAAAGGAGAUGCUGAAGAGGGGAAGGAGGAGGCUACGGGAGGCCAGGCACCGGUGGCGGAGGCUGAAGGAGGCCGAGAGUCUGCACGACCAGAGGUCCCAGAGGGAGGCGGGGAGUGGAUGAAAGUAAAGGAAGCCUGGCGUGGAGCAGAGGAGGGGGAGGCCCCCGGAGCAGAGAACCAGGAGCUGGGUGGAAGGCAGGGAGCAGGAACAGGGACGGCCCAGUCACUGGGAGAGUCAGACGCCACAGAAACCAAGGAGGAGGAGGUGGAGGCCUCCGUGCCCUGGGGGGCAGACAGAACAUCCAGGAGAGGCUGGAGGCUGGAGGCGGAGGCUCUGAGUCUCCAGGACAGUGACGACAUGGACACACAUUCUUUGGCUACCGAGAUCGUGGAGGAUAAGGCAGCUCUGGAUGGAAGGGCUCCUGGGACUGGGGACAGGCCCGGCAGAGAGGCUGAGGAAGCGUUCGGGAGAGACUGGGAUUCAGAAGGGAGAGAGGAAGCCGGCGGGGGUGAGGACCUGGUAGAGGCUGCAGAGGGGGAGAAAAGAGGUGGGCAGGAGUUUGGCCUGGAGGGCUCAGCAGAGGAGGAGGUGCCUGGCAGUGGUGGCCAAGCAGAGGCUUCUGAGGCCACUCGGGAGGGUGAGCCCGGGGGACAGCAGGCUGAGGUGGAGGAAUCCACCGUAGCAGAAGGAAGCUGGGGGAUGGAUGGCGUCACCCCGGGCUCCCAGGUGUUGAGGGUAGAGGGCCUCCCAGGCGGGCACACACUGUGGGAGGAAGAGGCUGGAGGAGGGCAAGCGACGGAGCAGGGGCAAAGCAGUGAGGGGCAGCUUGGGGACAGGCACCCCGAGGGAGAGGCACAAAGGCCCCUUGCGGUGGAGGAUAUCGAGGUGACUGGAGACCAAAAGGCAGAGGCCAAGGAGAUUGAUCCAGAAGGCCUGGAGGACGUCCAGGGCCAAGAGGACCGGUCAACGAACCAGGACCCUGCAGAGGCUGAGCCUGGACCAUGCGGGGAGGCCACCGGGAGCGCCAGAGAGGAUGGUCACAGCAGCUGGAGUGAGGCCCUGCUCCCUGGGUCUCGCCUGGACGUCUCUGUCCCAAGGAGCCGAGCACUCCUCUCCCGCAGCUCCUCACAGCGCCGCUCCCGGCCCUCUUUCCGACGGACCCCCGCCCCUGAGCAAGCGCAGGAGCCUCCCAGCCCCCCGCCGGAGGAAGAGCUGGUAGCCCCCGAACAGAGUCUUCUCGAGCCAGAGCACGCCCCGGAGCCAAGCUCCUCCAGCCCUGAAGGGACUCCAUUGCCAGCCAGAAGGCCCCUGGGACAGAGGUUUGGCCUGGCACACCCUGGCAUGAUGCAGGAGCUGCGAGCCAGGCUGAGCCAGCCAAAGCCCCAGUGA